AUGCCCUGGCAACCACUGCCCCGAAUCGCCUUCGCCGUAGCGACGUACCCUUUCCAACCUACCGGCUCCGAAGACCUGCCCCUCGAGAUUGGAGAUGAAGUCUACAUUGUGGAGGAGACGGCCGACGAGAACUGGCUGCGUGGAUAUCUUGUGGCACCCCCGUCCCUGCUUGCGGGCUUGACUUCCGUCAAAGGCGAGACUCUGCAGGCACGCGUUUAUAAUGGCAUAUUCCCUCGCAGCUGUGUCGAGGUCCGGGAAGUAUUGGGUGAGUCUGACGAGACAGACGACAAUGAGGACAGCGAGGACGGUAUAGAAGUCCUCAAGGAGGAGGUUGGCAUACAACGAGUGGGCAGCGACUCUGCCAAGGGCGGACUGACGGGCGAGGGCAAGGCAAGGAGGAGGAAAGAGAAGUCUAAAGGCCCCGAGGUGGUGAUAAGUCCCAUCAGUGACGGCAAGGGUGGCAAGAAACCAACCAAGGACCUCCCCAACGGCACACAUGGCCGGCUCUCCGUGCCUUGGAAGCGCGACCCCAAUGCGCCACGACCGCGAGCUCCCCUGCCGAUGCUCAAGAUUGGAGACGAGACCCCUACCUCUGCCUCCGAACCAUUGAUCGACGAGAUUGCCUCAUGUCUGCGCGAGUGGCACUCUACGAACCUUCACGAACUGCUGCUAUCGCGAGAGUAUGCGAAACUCGACAAGCUAUCGCAGCUGAUCACCUCGCUGAACUUUGCCCGACAACAAUUCCUGCAUAACGUGUUGACGACAUGGGAGUACAAGAAUCUACGCGAGAAGACUGUCUGGGAUCUGGUGCGCGUCAACAAACUAUGCGGAGGAGAGGUCAUUGUUCGCGACCCCCUCGAGCAAGGCCGAGUCCUCACUGGAGACGAUUCCGUUGUGGAGAUAACCAAGCUACAAUCUGUGAUGAGUCUGCUAGACGAGCCGCCGCACCCCACAAUCGAGCUCUCUGCUCUGCACCACCUGCUUGUGGACGUCAAGGGGUUCGCAGGAGCAUCGAGCGAAGCCACGACCUUGACCCUUCACCUGGUCAGCAAGGCCCCGGGCGGCUCCCUGAUAUCGCUGUCCGAAACCUUCAUUAUCGAGAUACCAGCUGGAGGCAUGAUGGGCCAUGUGAGCAAGCAUCUUCAAGCGCAAAUGCGAACUUUGUUCUCCGACCUUUCGCCAUCGGAUAUUGGCAGCGUUCCUUCCGCCGAGUCAGAGCUUUUCUUGGUGGUUAGGAUCCGAACAUCACAACAAAUAAUCGUGGGCAAGCCAAGUUCGAGAGCUGGCUCAAUAAACCAGACAACAUCUUACUCGAAAGACACAGCGAAGCCGCCACUGUCUAGUGGGAACAAGUCUAUGCGCAGGAGCCUAAUGUGGGCGCAGAAGAGCACCCGAUCUGCCUUUUCGAGAGGUGCUCCAAUGGCCAAGCUAGAUGAACAGGCUGAGGAGAGACCACCGACUACUGGUGCUCUUGAGAGUAGGGAAGGAAUACCGCCAAGUACCGGUGGAUCCAAGGCUCCACGACUUUCUCACGAUGGCACGACGAACAUGACUGCUGAGCGGACUGUUGGCGUCGGAGUUCUGAAAUUGAAUGCCAUCAUGAAGCAGGAUGAAGAGGUUGAGCAUGUAGUCAGCAUUUGGACGCCCUCCGCUAGAUUCGUUGCCGAAAAGCAAGAAAACGGCGAGGAAUGGGAUCCCCUUAUUCGCGAAUUGAUGGAGAGUAAAUCCGGACAAUACGAGAAGUCUAGGAACGGAGAGCGACUGCAGGUGCAUUUGAAGGCAUUCAACGACCCUGAUGCAGAUGCUUUGAUUAAGGCGACACCAACCUUACUCGCUGGCAUCACCAAGACUAAUAAGAUGGGCUUCUCCGGGGCACCGACUAAAGCUCGGUCGGACAUUUAUGUCACCCUUGACGAAGCUGUGUUCUCACGACAAACACUGCUUUCUAGAUUCGGCGGCAGCGCAACAGCGAUGCCAACUACUGUUCAUGGUACCAAUUUGCAAGUGACGAUGGAGGUGAGGAGGUCUUCUGGCGAGCGAAUAGACAACUGCAUAUAUCCCUCCUCGAACUCUGAGGGUUUGAGCACAUGGAGAUCUGUUGCCACCGAGCGAGGAGAUCCUUGGAGACAAACGCUCCGGCUACUAUUGGCGCCGCAAGAUGUAUUCACAUCGCAUGUGGUGUUCUUUGUUGCAGACAUGCCGAAUCCCCCUUUCGCCAUAGCGCAUCUGCCUUUGUGGGACCACCAGGCAUUUGUGAGGGAUGGACCCCAUGGCUUACUUCUCUACCGAGUAGAUGAGUACACAGCGACUGCCCAGCCUGGACCUAUGGGCAAAGGUGGCUACCUAGCAUUGCCGUGGAACGCACGCCGUGGCGAGCAUUCGGCAGAGGUUACUGGCCCUUUGGCGACGCUUCGCCUCGACACGUAUCUUUGCAGCACCAGAUUCUCACAGGACAGAGUUGUUCUUUCGCUCUUGAAAUGGAAAGACUGCCCUCGUGAAGAGAUUCCGAAUCUCUUACAGCAACUUAUCUUCGUGGCUGAGAUCGAGGUUGUGAAACUCUUGAGUGAUGUCCUAGACGCCCUAUUUGGGAUCUUGGUCGAGUAUGCCGGUAACGACGAGUAUGAGGACCUUGUAUUCACCGCAUUGGUACGAGUCCUGGACAUUACGCAUGAUCGACGAUUCAACAUCGCUCCUUUGGUGGAUCAAUACGCCGAGAACAAGUUCAAUUAUCCUUUUGCUACACCAUGCCUGGUUAGAUCAUUUACACGGCUACUAUCAAACCCAUCUGAUCCAGAAACUGCUAGAAAGCUCAGAGCUACCUUUAAGGUCGUUCGUCAUAUUCUCAAAUUUAUUACACAUGCUCGCGGCCAACAGAAGGCAAAAGAGGCUGGCAUUGGCCUCACCGGGAACACUCCCGGCUUCACAAGGCAUCUUAGAAGCAUCUUUAAGGCGCUGGAUGCUAUGAUGCGUAGCACAGCGCCGGUCUUGGUUGGAAGCCAAACAUUGGCUGUCCAGCACUUCCAUACAUGGCUACCAGAACUAGCCGGGCUGCUCACGACAGAAGAAAUAUUACAUAUCGCUAUUGACUUCAUGGAUUCGUGUUCAUUGGUCAAAGGCAAGCUUGUGCUUUACAAACUUGUUUUGAUCAUCAACUACUCGAAAUUAGACAUCUUCUCCCACCCCGAGCAGCGGUCUGCUCUGAGCGCAAACACCGUCAGAUGGAUCGCGCCGCACUGGGGACGAACGGAGGAGGUAACCGAGCAGUGGAGGGAGCAAAUCCGACUCUGCUGCUCCGUGUUAGCAAGCCAGGUCGAGCACCUUGGCCCUGAGAUACCCGAUCACAUUCCGAAGAUCAUUGAUUCUUAUCUUGUUAUUCAGUCCGCGCCUCAGCCCCCCCGGCGUCGCCUCUCGCUACUAUUCCCUACAACUUAUCCCUUCCCUUCCAAACCGACGGUUGACGAAGUCAACUUCGACGAGGCUCUCGUCGAGCUGUCGGCUGUUUUAUCAGCGCUUUCUAAUUCGCCCAGCGGCAUGCAGCUUGAACUAGCCGAAGACGACCUUGAAGAUGUCAUUGCAAACACUCUGCGUGUCCACAUGAGCAUCCUACAGGGCGAAGCUUUCCCGUCCAAAUGGCUCAGUGUACAUAUAUUCCAUCACAAAUCCACCAUGAGAACGCUCCAGUAUCUAUCGGGGAUACUGCUUGAGUCCUUCCUUCCGCAUCCGGACGAGGCAGAGAAUUUCAACACCGAACUCUGGAAAAUGUUCUUUACGACCAUGCUGAAACUUGUCGGAAGCCCCUCACUUGCGCUUGAGACCUUCCCGGAGCAGAAGCGGAGAGCUGUAUGGAAGAUCGCUGGCGAUGUCAGGGAGCAUGGUGCGGAGCUCCUCAGGCGGACGUGGGAGGCCAUCGGAUGGGAGACCAGCACUGAUGAGCGACAACGGUAUGGCCUGACAAAGAUGGGUGGCUAUCAAGUGCAAUAUGUCCCAACGCUUGUUGGACCCAUCGUGGAACUCUGCUUGAGUGUGCACGAGGGUCUGCGACGAAUGGCUGUCGAGGUCCUUCAGACAAUGAUUGUCAGCGAAUGGACGCUGAGUGAGGAUCUGUCAGUCAUCCAGACCGAAGUCAUCGACUGCCUUGACCUAUAUUUCAAGUCAAAGCCCUUGACUGAGAGUAUACUACAAAAGCUGUUUGUCAGCGAGCUCCUGGAGAGAUUUGAGCCUCUGUCGCAAAUCACUGACGAGCCACUCUAUCAAGCUCUUCGCGAACUUAUGGGCACCGUUGAUGAAUUUCUGGACCUCCUUGUCGCAGUUCACAGUGGAGAUGGCUCUGGCGAAGCAUCACAUCUCAUCAACCGACUCAGGCUUAUGGAGUUCCUCCGGGAUAUGCAGAAGGAAGAGAUCUUCGUUCGCUACGUCCACCAACUUGCAUUGCUUCAGGCAGAAGCUCGCAACCAUGCCGAAGCAGGUCUGGCCUUGCGGCUCCAUGCUGACCUCUACGAGUGGGAUCCUGUCAGGACGUUGCCGGCCCUCGCCGAUCCUGAGUACCCAGCACAAUCGCAAUUUGAGCGUAAAGAGAGGAUAUACUUCGACAUGAUCAAGCACUUCGAGGAUGGCGAAGCGUGGACCAGCGCUCUGGCCGCAUACAAAGAGCUAGAGUCUCAGUAUGAGACCAACAUCUUCGAUUUUGCCAAGCUGGCCAGAACCCAGCGUGCCGUUGCUACCAUAUACGAGACUAUUGCUAAGAGCGAAAAGCUCGUACCGAAGUACUUCAAGGUCGUUUUCAAAGGCCUGGGCUUCCCGGCCAGUAUCCGCGACAAAGAGUUUGUCUACGAAGGUUCUCCAACGGAGCGCGCUUCUGCCUUUACGGAUCGCAUGCAGGAGCAAUAUCCAUCUGCACAGAUCGUGACCAGUGAUAACAUUGACGAUGUUGAGGGUCAAUUCCUCGUCAUCUCGGCUCUGAGCGCGCAUCGUGAUCUCCGACACCAUGUCUUCCAGCGUGCCAGGGUUCAGCAAGUGGUUAGGGAUUACCUCAUCUCAGCCAACCCACAAGCCUUCUCUGUGUCAAGCAAGCGUGUCACGACUGGCCCGGUCACCGAGCACUUUGCUGAGAAGAUUGUAUAUACGACUGCGGAGCCGUUCCCGACUAUCCUGCGCCGUAGCGAGAUUGUCAAUGUGCAUGAAGUCCGUCUGAGUGCCAAGGAGACCGCGCUGGAACGCAUCGUACGCAAGACUCAGGAGAUGACGGCCGUUGAGAAGAAGAUCAUCGACGGUGACUCGAGUGACGAAGUCGCUCAAUUGCUUGUCGAUGCUGUCAGUAUCUCUGUCAACCCGAACUCGGAGAGCAGUGUUGUUUGCUAUCGCCAAUUGAUCCCCGGACUGCAACCCAGCCAGAGCUCGGCAUCCAUCACUAAGGAGGAGGAUGACGAGCCCCCUGAGCUGGAUGCGCAGGAGAAUGCCAUUAAGAUGGCGCUGAUUGAUCAUGCUAUCAUGAUCAAGAGGUGUUUAGCUACCUUUGCGAAGAGUUCGAAUCAGAUCCUUCUGAAGCAUCAUGAGGAUCUGCAGAAGUACUUCGAGGUAACAUUUGCUCCAGAGAUAGCGGCAUUCGCACCUCCGCAGCCGGUCCGCGAGAACAUGCCAACACCAUCCCCCAGCUGGCCACGGUCUCCGCCAUCACUGGCGCCGACAACGCCUCAGCACCACAAGAGCAACUCAUCGAAUGCUAACAACAUGAGUGCGGAAGUCUCAACUGUCCAGCCAGUAUCGUUACGGCAAGGUCGGGGAGCAAGGCUUAGCUUUCUUGGUGGCAGAAAGAAGGACGCGCAGCCGGGACAAACACAGACAAACGGCGAUCAAUCCCAGCAGCUGAAUGGAGACGCAGAAACGGCAAGCAGCGGCAGUCGAAGUCUAAGCAAGGACAACCCGAAUAGAAGGAGUUUCUUCCGCGCACACUCGAGCGACGACCAGCGUCUCCCGAGGAGUGGAACCAACGGCACGGACACCUCGGCCCCAGAGUGGACAACGGAGUCAAUGCCUCGCGAGAGCAUGGACACCGCCAUAACAGAGAAGCACCAGUCGGGCGGCGAUCUGUCCGGCGUCAAGUCAAUAGGCAGCGUGCGCAAGCGUCUCAGCAUGCUCAAGCUCGGCAAGAAGGCUAGCAAGGGCAGCGGGCUGAUGGGCAGCCUAGACGAGGAAUAA